AUGGGUGAAGAGGGUUCAGUGUUUGGCCUAGGCGAUGGAUUUCCGCCUGAUGAUUGUGAUGGCGGUUUUGAGUUUGAAGACGACGACGAGGAUCUCACUAUUGACAUCGAAACGAUUUACCGGAUUUUAGACGAGAAGCCUGAUUCCGCCGAGGGUAGCCAAGAAAAUUCAUCUCCAGCUGGUUCAUCUGCUGACGAGCUCAAGAAUCCACAGUUGCAAAAUGGAUCUCAGAUGGUUGAUUGGUUUCCCGGCUCAUUCGAUGACCAUAUGAAAGUGGAACCUGGGAUGAGUCCUUCACCAGCUCACACUCGCUCUGCAAGUCUUAAAGAUUGGUUUUCGUUAGACCAGGAAGAGCAGCCUGUUGAGACAUGUGGAGUAUCUCAAUCCGAGAUGACUAGUUGUAGCAUAUCUUCCGGUUCCGUUGACAGAUACAAUACUUCUUUCUCUGAUCAUGGUGGCAACGUGGCUUUCAAUCCUUCGAAUGGUGACAAGAUAAUCGAUUCCAAAUUUACAUCGUGCAGCCCCACAACGUAUUUCGACCAAGUUCCUGAAUAUGGAGCCAUUCAUAAUUCCUCUGUCAUGCCUGGUUUUAAUUAUAAUUCAACUGCACAAAACUGCUACAAUGCAAGUGGUGCGUCCUUAUCAGAGCAAUCCCCCAAUUUUGUCCAGAAUUUCGCGUUUGAGUUCCUUCCCAAAAAGGAAGAAGCUGUAAACGAUGUUGACAGUGGAGCAAGCGAGUGUCAGUCAGAUGGUGCGAGCCGGAUGGUUUUUGAUAGAUACGGGAGAGUAGAUAAUGGAUCUUUAGAAAGGAAACCUGUUGUUGAUUUCGCCAAUGGCAGUUUUCAGGAUAACAAAGCUAUUCAUUUGAAGGUUAAACCAGAGGCUGAGUCAGAGAAUAUGGUUUAUAGUUCAGUUCCAGAGGAAGUUGGUGUUAGGGACGGUGUGUAUGCACCUGGAGAAUCGAAUCAGUGGUGGUCUGGUUCAUCUAGCUGCGCAAUCUCCUAUAAAGCAGAUAUUGGAAAUGGAUACUCAUUUAUGCCACCCCAAACUGCUUUCCCUAGCCAAGACAGUGGCAACAGAAGCUCUAAUCAAUUCUAUGAUUCGAGUUCAUGUUUGCAAUAUGCUGCACCAGCUCCCACCUCAGUGAUACAAAAAACUGAGUAUGUAGACUUUCCAGUACAACAAGGAAACCAUGAAUAUCUUCAGCCGAGGAGUAAUGAUUCUAACUUCUCAAACGCCAGCUUUGACUCAAUUCAAAGUCUUUCUUCAGAAUGUAUGUCCGAUAGCGAUGAUGAUUCUGACAUCUACAUUAUAGAACCUAAUGGUCAAUCUUCCAUCCCACCACGACCUCUAGCUAUGAAACAGCCCGUGGUUUCUUCAGAAUAUUCUACAGCUGGUCAUACUUUUAAUCAAUCUGGAGGCCUGAGGCUUCAGUCAAGCAAAGAAAAUAUGAUCUAUCAAGCUGCAUUGCAGGAUCUGUCUCAGUCUAAUGCUGAAGCAAGUCUCCCUGAUGGUGUCCUGGCAGUCCCGCUUAUGAGACAUCAGCGAAUUGCAUUGUCAUGGAUGGCCCAGAAGGAGACAAGCGGCUUCCCCUGUUCAGGUGGAAUUCUUGCUGAUGAUCAGGGACUUGGGAAGACGAUUUCCACUAUAGCUCUUAUAUUGAAGGAACGGUCUACACCUGCCCAAGCAUCUAAAGAGAUUAUUAAGAAAGAAAUUUUUGACCUAGAAGAUGAGAGUGAAGAAUGUGCACCUUUAAACCCCAGUGGAAGAAGUGAACAAUUUGAUAACUCUCAAUCCAGUGAAGAUAGUGUGGGUAAGGUGAAGGGAAGACCAGCUGCUGGAACUCUUGUUGUCUGUCCCACUAGUGUUAUGCGACAAUGGGCAGAUGAAUUACAUAAGAAGGUGACUAGUGAAGCGAGACUCUCUGUUCUGGUAUACCAUGGGUCCAGCAGAACAAAGGAUCCUCUUGAGUUGGCUAAAUAUGAUGUUGUUGUCACCACGUAUGCUAUCGUAAGUAUGGAAGUACCGAAACAGCCUCUUGUUGACAAUGAGAGUGAAGAGAAGGGUCGUGAACAUGAUGGUGAAGCUGCAGCUGGAGGCGUUUUCUCAAACAAGAAGAGAAAAUAUCCUCCUGAUUCACAGAAGAAAGGCUCAAAGAAGAAGAAAAAUGGUGAUCGUGACGAGUCUCUGUCUGGCCCUCUUGCGAAAGUUUCAUGGUUUAGAGUUGUGUUAGAUGAGGCACAGAGUAUUAAGAAUUACAAAACCCAAGUUGCUAGAGCAUGCUGGGGUCUCCGUGCUAAACGGAGGUGGUGUUUGUCUGGAACUCCAAUCCAGAAUUCUAUUGAAGACCUCUAUAGCUACUUUCGAUUCCUCAAAUAUGAUCCUUAUUCGUCCUAUGUAUUGUUCUGUGGCACGAUUAAGAACCCUAUAAAUAGUAACCCGGUGAAAGGAUACCAGAAGCUGCAGGCCAUCCUCAAAACAGUGAUGCUUCGCCGAACUAAAGGUUCACUUCUUGACGGGAAACCCAUUAUUUCUUUACCUCCGAAGUCCAUUGAGCUGAGAAAAGUGGAUUUCACUGAGGAGGAACGUGAUUUCUACUCCAACUUGGAACGUGAAUCUCGUGAUCAAUUCAAGGAGUAUACAGAUGCCGGGACAGUGAAGCAAAAUUAUGUGAACAUUUUGUUGAUGCUCUUGCGCCUUCGCCAAGCUUGUGAUCACCCUCUUCUCGUGAAUGGUGAAUACAGCUUUACCUGGGAAUCCUCGCUCGAAUCAGCUAAGAAACAGAAUCUCUCAGAGACUUCAUUGUCAAUGUGUGGUAUCUGCUAUGAUGCACCUGAAGAUGCUGUUGUGUCAGAUUGUGGUCACGUUUUCUGUAAGCAGUGCAUCUGCGAACGCCUCACAGGCUAUAACAACCAAUGCCCUCUUGCAAACUGCAAUGCCAAACUCACUAUUCCUGGCAUUCAUGAUCACGCUACUUCAGAUCAUGCUGAGACUGUUGACCAUUGUUCUGGAGAUCCUCCAUACGAGUCAUCUAAGAUCAAGGCUGCUCUAGAGAUCUUACAGUCACUUGCCAAACCGCGAGAAUUGACAGAAACGAAGCAGAUCUCUGUAAAGGGAGAGGAUUCGAAUGACGGUAGUAGCGUUGAUGCUCCAGUCAAGGUAGUUGGAGAAAAGGCCAUUGUUUUCUCCCAAUGGACGAAGAUGCUUGACCUACUCGAAGCUUCUCUUAUAAGCUCGGGUAUACAGUAUAGACGGCUCGAUGGAACAAUGUCAGUCUCUGCUCGGGAUAAAGCAGUGCAGGAUUUCAACACAGUCCCCGAGGUUUCGGUGAUGAUAAUGUCACUCAAGGCAGCUAGUCUCGGACUAAACAUGGUGGCGGCUUGUCAUGUUCUGAUGCUGGACUUGUGGUGGAACCCGACGACGGAGGAUCAGGCUAUCGAUAGAGCUCAUCGGAUAGGUCAGACGAGGCCAGUGACAGUGGUUCGCUUCACAGUGAAAGAUACAGUCGAAGAUCGUAUAUUGGCCCUUCAGCAAAAGAAGAGAAUGAUGGUUGCAUCUGCGUUUGGAGAAGACGAAAAGGGAAGCAGACAGUCUCACCUCACAGUGGAAGACUUGAGCUAUCUGUUUAUGGCGGAUUAG